AUGAGUGGAUCCAAGGAUCUCUGGACAGCCCCAGAAAAGGUCGCCGGGUAUCAGUUCUCAGGCGAUAUGGGACGCAGUUGCCAGCAAAUGCAGCGAACAAUGCACAUGCGAUACGGCUCUGACAAGGAAUAUUGGGAUUUCAGGACAAGCCAAAAGAUCAGAUGUUUUAACCUCAUGAUUCCGUGCCCUAAAGUCGCAGCCACUCGACAAGCAGAGACGAACCCGGCAACAUGGUUCGGUGGCUCAAAGAUAUCUCAUGUCCAUUGA